AUGGGCAGCCAAAAGCGGAUAGCAAAGGAACUCGCCGAGCUCACGGAGUCCCCUCCAGAUGGCAUUAUAGUCGAGCUUGCAAACGAAUCCAAUCUCUACGAAUGGAAGGUCUUCAUGGACGGUCCUGAGGACUCUCCUUAUCACAAAGGCCGCUUCGAACUAAAACUCACCCUGCCCACCGAAUACCCUUUCAAACCACCGACCGUCUCCUUCGUCACGAAGAUCUACCAUCCCAACGUAACGAACGACGACAAGGGCAGCAUGUGCCUGGGUAUGCUAAAAGCAGACGAAUGGAAGCCCUCGUCGCGACUCUCCGCAGUGCUGGAGUUUGCGCGCUCGUUGCUGGGCGAGCCGAUGCCGGAUGAUGCCGUUGAGGGCCGCAUUGCGGAGCAGUACCGUGAAGACCGGAAGCGCUAUGAGGAGAUUGCUAGGGAGUGGACGAGGAAGUAUGCUGGUGGUGCUGCAUCAUCAUAG